AUGCCUUUCCUUGGCUCCUCUCCAGACCUAUCCCCUAGUGGGUCAGGCACACGAUCCGAGUAUGACGCAUCUCAGAAAUCUCAGCGUAUUAUCAAAGACGAUGAUUAUGCUAUCAAGAUGCUUCAUAACAGCAAAGAAAAGCCACUAAGCCAACAACUUGAGCCCAUUGCUGUAGUAGGAAUGGGAUGUCACCUACCUGGCAAUGUGCGGUCGGCAUCGGACUUUUGGGAUAUGAUGAUGUCGAAUAGGUCAGGGCAAACGCCCAAAGUUCCAAAGAGUCGAUUCAAUAUCGACGCACACAUCCAUUCAAACAACGAUCGGCCUGGUAGCUUCAACAUGUUGGGAGGUUAUUUUCUGGAUGAAACCCUCCGUGAAUUUGAUCCUUCGUUCUUCGGGAUAACUCCAAUCGAAGCUAUGUGGAUGGACCCCCAACAACGUAAGUUGUUGGAGGUGGUAUACGAGUCCCUCGAAUCAGCUGGAGUUACACUUGAAGAUAUUGCAGGAACGAACACAGCAGUAUUUGCAGCUUGCUUCGCAGCUGACUUCCAACAAAUGUGCUUCAAGGAGCCUGCUUUUCGCCAUUCUCUUGCCGCUACCGGUGUCGAUCCAGGAAUUCUGAGUAAUCGAAUCAGCCAUGUCUUUAACUUGAGAGGACCAUCUAUCGUUGUUAAUACCGCUUGCUCUUCUAGCGUGUACGCUUUGCACAACGCUUCUAACGCUCUAAGAAAUGGCGAGUGUGUCGCUGCAAUCGUUGCUGGCGUGAAUCUAGUCUUGGCUGUCGAUCAGCACAUGAACACCGCGAAGCUUGGUGUGCUAUCACCAACCUCAACGUGUCAUACCUUCGAUGAAUCCGCAGAUGGCUAUGGUCGCGCUGAAGGAGUUGGAUCGGUAUAUCUCAAACGCCUCAGUGAUGCCAUUCGUGAUGGCGAUCCCAUCCGCGGCGUCAUUCGAUCAAGCGCCACCAACAACAAUGGGCGCGUGCCUGCUGUUGGCAUUACACAUCCCAAUCUAGAAGGACAAGCUGAAGUCAUAUCUGCAGCUUAUAAUCGUGGAGGCGACCUUGAUCCGCGAUUGACGGGAUACUUCGAAUGUCACGGCACAGGCACAGCUGUUGGUGACCCGCUUGAAGCAGCUUCAGGGCUGUCUGCAUUGAUCAAAGGCAUUUUGACUGUAGAGAGAGGCAUGAUACCACCCACACACGGUCUUGUAAAGCCGAAUCCUGCCAUUCAAUGGAAAGAAUGGAAGGUCACAGUACCAAUGGUACCCUCGCCAUUCCCAACCUUGUCUCUCAAGCGAGUCAGCAUCAACUCUUUCGGUUAUGGAGGAACCAAUGCACAUGUUGUCGUUGAGAGCGCAGACUCUCUCCUCGUGGAGAAGCAAUCCUACAAGUAUUUUACCAAUACUGGGAAAACAAAAAAAUCACCAAGAGGAGCGUUCAAUCGUAGUCGGGCCCACCUUCUUCUUUUUUCGGCUCAUGACAAGUCAGCGCUGCAGAGAAAUUUCGCUGCUCAUAGCGAAGUUGCCCAGAACUACGAGCUCUUAGACUUGGCUUAUACGUUAGGCAACCGACGUACAGAAUUUGCUAGCCGUGGUUACACAGUUGUCAGUCUGACGACACAACGUAAGACCAAUUUGGGCGACUUGGUCGCUGCCGAAAACAAGAAAACAUCAGCGGUCGGCUUUGUCUUCACAGGACAAGGCGCACAAUGGGCCCGCAUGGGCGCGGAACUAAUGACCUAUUACCCAAGUUUUCUCCACAGCAUUCGAAUGCUGGACAUGGCUUUGGACGAACUUGUAGACGCGCCAGAUUGGACUAUUGAGGACACCCUUCUCCUUCCGGAUGACAUUUCCCCAGUCGGUGAAGCCGAAUAUGCCCAGCCGCUCACUACAGCUGUCCAGAUCGCUCUCGUACAGCUGCUUAGGCUCUGGAAUAUCAUUCCUACAGUCACAGUGGGCCAUUCGUCAGGUGAGAUUGCGGCCGCUUAUGCUGCCGGAUAUAUCUCUGCCUCGCAAGCGAUUGUAUUUGCGUACUACCGCGGACUUGUCGUUCGAGACGUCAGCAAUGAAGGCGCGAUGCUUGCUGUUGGCCUCGGUGCUGAAGCAGUUGAGCCGUACCUGGUCGAAUCGAGGGGCAAGGUCCUUGUGGCCUGCCACAACUCCCCAGCUGGGGUCACUCUAUCGGGAGACGCCCCUACAAUUGUUGAGCUUGAGAAGAAGCUUAGUGCAGACAAUGUGUUUGCGCGACAAGUGAAGACAGGAGGCAAGGCGUACCACUCUCAUCACAUGGAGCCCGUUUCAAUGAAGUAUGAGGACCUCAUUCGUCGCGCUAGAGAAACGUCUAUGCAAUUGGACAUUCCGCUCAGUACCAGCGCUAAGAUGGUAUCUUCCGUCACAAGCAGUGUACUUUCAAAAGAUGCAAUUUUGGACGAAGUCUAUUUCAGCAAGAACCUAAGGGAGCCCGUACGUUUCAAUCAAGCUGUGCAGUCAAUUUUUACCGACGCGAUAUUUGCGGAUGUCAACACAUUGAUUGAGAUUGGUCCACACAGUGCUAUGGCCGGGCCAAUCCGUCAGAUCAAGGCGGCUUUGGGUCUAUCUCAGCUGGAGUAUCUGCCGUCCUUGCUCCGUGGUCAAGAUUCUGCGUCGCAGAUGUUGAAGCUUGCAGGAGAGCUUUUCUUGCGAGAUUAUCCUCUAGAUAUUGCAACGAUCACCGCGGAGGAGAAAUCUAGCACGAAUGGUAAAAUCGACUUCAACCACGGUCACCUGAUAGUCGACCUUCCGCCUUAUCAAUGGGCCAAGAAAGAGUAUUGGGCUGAAGCGCGACACAGUGACGAGCUUCGUAAUUCAGAGUAUCCACGUCAUGAUCUUCUCGGCUCCAUGCUCUCAGGGGGGUCCUUAUCAGAACCAACAUGGCGCAACGUGCUUCGCAUUCGGGAUGUGCCAUGGCUAGUAGACCACUCCUUGGGCGGGGAGGCAGUUUUUCCAGCUGCUGCAUAUUUCUCAAUGGCCAUGGAAGCAAUAACACAGCUUAUUGAGACUCGUGGUGAAAACAUUCACAUCGCCAACUACACCCUCCGGGAUGUGACGAUCAAAAAAGCCCUAGUCACUCCAGACGAUGAUAUCGGUAUCGAGGUACUAUUUAGCAUGCGACGCUCAAACCAUCUAGAAGACGAGGGGCAAUGCACUUGGUGGGACUUCAACGUGUCUUCCGUCAAUCAAGAUGGGCAGACAAACGAUCACAUGAGUGGCAGCAUCGCAAUCAAUGCACGCACAGAGCGUCCCGAACCAAAGCCAUCCCGUCAUCUUCCCCAGCGAGCGUCUGGGAGAGAAUGGAAUCGAGCACUGCGCUCGGUAGGAUUCAAUUACGGUCCAAAAUUCGCUGACAUGACCGACAUUGAGUUCAAUGGCGUUGACCUCAUCUGCCAGAGCAAGACGCAAGUCAAAAAGGUGGCUGGAAACAUGAUGGGCGAAUCUCGUCAUGUAAUUCACCCGGGGACCGUUGAUUCAUGCCUCCAAUUGAUGAUUGCGAGUAUCUUUGCUGGAAGAACACAAGCAAUGUCUGCAGCGGUUGCACCCACUCAGGUAGACGAGGUUUCUAUCUGGCCACCCACAAAGGACCAGCUGGGUAGAGCAUUCGUAACUGCCUGGACAGACGAGCGCGGAUUGCGAUCGGUUGUCUGUAGUAACCAGCUGGUAGCAAACAACGGUCAAGUCUUGAUGGAGAUGAGCAAUAUUCGCGGCACUCUUUACGAGGCAGCUGUUCCGCAGUCAUCCAUGGCUAGUAUGAAGUCAAUGCCCUAUGGUAAGAUGACAUGGAAGGUCGAUAUUGAUUCGCUGAGAACCAUUGAGAGUGUGGAGAAGUGUAUCGAACUUGCUCAUUUCAAGGAUCCUACUGCCAAAAUACUGGAUGCUACGGGGUCUUUACACCUAAAUGCUUUGGGAAAAUUCCCAGAACUGGACUACACAGCCAUCAUGCCCGAUGCUGACGCCAAAAGAAAUGAAAUCAGUCACUUCAAGAAUGCUAAGGUUGUCACAGCUAAUGCCAGUACUAGUCUUCUUGAUCAAGGCUUCCAAAGAUCGGCAUAUCGCGCAGUCAUCGCUCUAAAAGACAAUGCCAGUAUUCAUGAGCUUUCUCAAAUGCUCUCUCCAGAUGGCAAGCUUCUCUUGGAGUUGGAAGAUGGUGUGGUGGUCAAUCAGAUAAGCCCACCGAAGAAUGAAGAGAAGGCAUCAAAGGGGACCGUGCAAAUAGUCCACCUUGAGACCGACACAACCAUACUGGAAACAAUGCAAAGAUCUCUUGCUCAACUAGGCUACGCCUCCACAUCUAUAGCACUUACCAGUAUCGAAGAUGUUGGCGCUCACGUCAUUGUGCUGGACCUGUCGAAAUCCAUGCUUGCCAAUUUGACACAGCCCGAGUUUGAGGCUAUUCAAAAGGUUCUCAAUUCGGCCCAAACACUGCUGUGGGCUACUUCUGGAGGUCUCUUGGAUGGGGUGAUUCCAGAGGCAGGCAUGGCAGCGGGUCUUUUGAGAGUCAUUCGAGCUGAGCAAGCCAGCAUCAAUGUUGUAACUGUUGAUUUCAACCCUGAUAAUACCACAACUGCUCAAGUUGCAGAAAGGGUUGCGGCAAACGUUGCUCGCCAGAUUGAGGACCCCACUAGCAUCGAGCACGAGUAUUGCAUUUCAGGUGGUCAGGCCUACAUCAGUCGACUGGAACCGAACGAGGAAGUCAACGCUAUCGAGACGCUUGACAAGCAAGGACCACAAGAAAUCUUACUCAAUCCGAAUAUGCGCCUCAAAGGCGAUGUCCGAUCAGGGCAAUUGAUCUUCAAUUGCAUUGAUGAGCAGCCUACAGUCGCUUCCGACGCUGUCGAGGUAGCUGUGGCCAUGACGGGCUUGAAUAAGGAAGGUGUUCGGGCGAUCAAUGGGACUGAUACCAACACAAUCUUUAGUCAUGAGAUCGGCGGUAUCGUUCAGCGUGUUGGCGAUUCUAUACAAGACUUUGAUGUAGGCGAUCGCGUCAUUGGCUUCAGCUUUGAUCACCUUAGCACUCACCAAGUGGUGCCUGCAAAAAUGUUACAAAAGCUUCGGAAAGGAGAGUCAAUACUAGAGAUGGUUGGUUUACCUAUGCCGUAUACCACUGCACUCUAUGGGUUGAAGACUUUGGCCGCUGUCCGGCGAGAUGAAAGAGUUCUCAUCCUCGAAGGCACCGCUCUUGUAUCUCGGGCAGCUAUUGAAGUUUUGCAUCUGUUGGGUGCUAUCCCAUACGUUGCGACUUCAAGUCCAGAAGAAGCCGAAUGUAUCACUAAGCAUUUCAAACUCGGCCGCGAUCAGGUUUUCGCAUCCGAGGAGGAGUUGCUUAUUUUCCUGCACCGCUAUAGCCAUGGAACCAAUUUAGACGUUGUCUUUAGCUCUGCGGCGACGUCCGAGACCACCGCUCGCGAAGCCUGGCGUACCAUAUCAGCAUCCGGUCGCUUCGUUACCUAUGGCAAGAAAAGCGCGCACAGGCGUACCGCCGUUGAUCCGGUACCUUUCUCUCGAGGUUCCAGCUACUUUUCUUACGACAUCGUUGAUCUAUACAAGCAAAAUCCAGCGGUCGUGUCCAGUCUUCUCGCGGAAACAAUCAAAUUCUAUCGCAAGGGCCACAUUGUAGUCCCACAGAACCUCAAGGUCAGCAACAUCGCGGAAGUAGAUGAAGCAGUCAGUGAAUUCCAGGACAAUCUCCAAGCUAGCAAGACAGUGCUUGAGUAUAAGCCCUCCAAAAGGCCUGUAAAAGUUCUGCGAGUUGCUACUCAAUCCAAGCUUGACCCUGAAGGCACUUACUUGCUUGUCGGAUGCUUGGGUGGACUCGGACGCAGCCUGACGAUGUGGAUGAUGAAGAAAGGAGCUCGGAAUUUCUGCUUCUUGUCCCGUUCGGGUGCCGACGCCUGGGAUUCUGCUCAGCUGGUCAAAGAUCUCGAGGCGGCUGGUGCGGUUACCAAGAUUGUAAGAGGAGAUGUCUCCGUUCGUGCAGACGUUCAACGAGCGGUUUCAGAGAUAUCUGCUCAUCAUCCGAUUAAGGGAGUUGUUCAUGCCGCUAUGGUUCUCAGGGACGGGGUCUUUGCCAAAAUGGAUUUCCAAGAUUGGCAAAUGUCCAUCAAACCCAAGGUACACGGUGCAAGCAAUCUCCAAGCUGUGCUCGGAAGCACCCCUCUCGACUUUUGGCUGAUGACCAGUUCCGUGUCUGGAAUUCUCGGAACACCAGGUCAAGCCAACUACGCAGCUGGUAAUGCAUACAUGGAUGCGCUCGCUAGCCACCGUCGCAGUCUUGGUUUGCCCGCUUGCGCUGCUAUCAUCCCUAUGGUGCUUGGUGUCGGGGUUGUAGCUGAGAAUACCAAACUCGAAGCAUCACUGACCCGCAAGGGCAUGUAUGGUAUUGAUGAAGAGCACCUCUUACGAUCCCUGGAACUCGCCAUUGGUAUGCAAAAGGCUGGUGAGAACAGCAAUGCUAUCGAUCACUUGGUCAUCGGUCUCGAUCCUGCUAUGCUCUCGCAAGCAGUCCAAGAUGCCGGCAAUGCCGAGCCCUUCUACAUGGCCGAUGAGCGCUUCCGCACCCUAGUUCACAAUAUGAGCGGCAGUACGGCGAUGGGUGUCGAUGCUGGUGCGAAUGUUUUGGCUUCCAUGCUCAUGGCAGGCACGCCGACCGAAGCUGUACAGAUGGCUCGUGAUCAUAUCGUCAACAAAUUGUCGCGCAUGUUGUUACUUGACAUUGAUGUUUUCGAGAGCGACGGUCGUUCGAUUGCGAGCUACGGUAUUGACAGCAUGAUUGGUGCGGAUUUACGCAACUGGAUUUUCAAAGAAUUUGCGAUGGAUAUUCCAUUCCAACAGCUUUUGAGCCCGGCGCUAACAACGGUAAUGUUAGCAUAUCGAGUUUGUGUUAAGCAUUGUAUCUUAGAGCACAAGUAA